UCAGUUUAGCUUUAGCAUCUAGCCAUCCUGAACUCAAAACAUUUCGUUUCUUUGAAAACAGCUGCAGGUUACGCUGCCAGUACAGUUUUCUGUACAUACUAUUGUUUUCGGAAAUUACGUCUUAAUAUCACAAAACUUCUCCUGUCGGUGGUAAAUGUGUUGUUAUGCGCUAAGACAUAAAGUUUUGGACUACAAGCAUGUCUGUUUUUAUAAUCUUUGUGCCUUUCUGCGGUUCCAACAUUGGGGUUUAAACUCAGCUGUUUGUCAGCUGUCCUUCCAGUUGCAGCCAUGUCUGACCAGCACCACUGUUCAUGCUGCUCCCAUCCCGUCUCCAGUGCUCAUCAGACUCUGGAUGAAAUGGAUUUUGAAAGAGGUAUCUGGUCAGCUGCUAUGGAUGGAGAGCUGCAGAGAGUCAGGCUCCUUGUUCAGAAGGGGACUGACCCGAACGUGAAAGAUGCAGCCGGGUACACAGCUCUGCACUACGGGAGCCGUGGCGGACAUCUUGCCGUGUGCACGUUUCUCCUUGAGAGCGGCGCGUGUCCGUCCCCUCAGACUCCGGGCGGGGCCACCCCGCUCCAUCGAGCAGCGUACUGCGGUCACCCGGACGUGGUUCAGCUCCUUCUGCAAAGCGGUGCAGAUCCCACCCUCUGUGAUGACGACGGUGCGAAUCCUUUGCACAAGGCUGCAGAACAGGGCCACGGUAAAGUGUGCCAGCUGCUUCUCGACCGUUGCCCUGCGCUCUGCAGCCAGGGGAACAAGAAGCUCCAGCUGCCCUACCAGCUGACACAGCAGGGAGAUCUGCAGGAGAUCCUCAAACCACCCCGGUCAUAAAGGACGGAGAUGCCAACGUUGCACGCACGCACAGACACCCACACGUCACAAGAUGAAAACCAUACAUGGUGAAUGUACGGUUUUCAUACAUUCAUUAAUUUAUUUUCUGGGAACGCUGGCAGAAUCGGUGAACGUUGAAUAACAUUUUUAACCUCUGGCAUCGUUCCAGUCUUUGAUCUUCAUUUCACCGCUUUUGUAUCGUCUGUACUUCUCAAACUUCCACAAAACGUGAAAACAUUUCAAAACCUCAUUUUGAAUUCAGGCAAUGAGUUAAUUUUCCAGAUAAGCUUGGUUAAGAUUCUGUGACGUUUGCUUGAACUAGAGGGUCAAAAACCCUCUGAAAGUUAAAGUUUAAGAAUGUUAAAAGUGGAUCAAAUCUAAUUGAUUUAGAUAGCAACCGCCUUGGUUCAAAGUGCUGCACACAUAAACAACAAUAAUGACGGCAAUUCCAACAUGGAAGAUAAGAAAAAUAGAAACAUUAAAGGCCCAAAAUGUGAAACUCUAUCAGCACUAAUAAACCCAAUUACAGUACAGACUGCUCCCUAUUGGCUUGUCUGUGCAGGAUGUGUGUGAUUGGCUCUAAUAUCAGACAGUAGGGGGAGCUGUUGUCUAAUGGAAGAUCACAGUGUUUGGCCUUGGCAUGUAAAUUUCAUGGGAGCUAACAAGAGCGAGCUUACUCAGUUUUUCCUUCACGCCACUGGAAAACGUAACAGCAAAAAUAACAUGAGAGGAACAGCUAUAACAGUAAGACACACACCAGCACUCAGGCAUACUACAUACUAGUGAUUGGUUCCUAAGUCAUCAAACUAUUUCAUUUUAGUAGAGUUUUCAGAGUUAUAAACAACAUGAACAAUCUAUUUUUCCUUGGUCUGAAUAAACCUCAGUUAAAAAAAAUAGAAUAAAAUAAAAUCCAGCUCAGCUAAAGCAGAUGGAAAUACUUUUAGCUGUUGUCUGGCAUGUCUAACAUGUCAAACCAUGUUAAAUAUGUAACACAUGGACAUACAGGAGGCAGAUUAACCCCCCUCCAUCGCUCUACCGUCCCUCCUCCCUCUGCGAAUGUGCAGAACUUUAAAAGCUCUCCUCCCGUUUCCCUGCAGCCCACGCGGAUCGGGAACCCACGGCAGAAAAACUUCUCGAUGCAGGCUGGCGCACUUUCAUUGGGUCCGCCGGUGGGUGGUGUUUCCAAACUACGCUUCCAACCACAUCCAUGCCGUGACUGGAGGGGUGCCAGGCCACAUCUGGAGCUCAUUGCUGCUGACGCCACACAGCACACGGAGAUGGGGUGUCAGGAGGGGGUAGGUUGGGGUUGGGGUGAGGGGGAGCUGCAUUUCAGCUCGGUGGAUCUUUGCCAGGAGAGCUGUUUAUGCUCGGUGACAAGUUCCUUCCCCUGCCGCCCCCAACACAGCCGAGGAGCUGGAGCCGGUCGUGUCCCCACUGAAUGUCAAGUGACAGUGAAGGCAAGCAGGUUUCUGGGGCCUUUAUUCAUCUCAGUGGCGCAAAAAAAGCAAGAAAAGGUACUUUCAGAGUUGAGAGGCUGCUUUACAUGACACCCUGACUAAUAGACCAGCCCCACAGCAUCCUCUAAAAGUGUCCCACUGCCACAUUCUGUGAAACAUGAUCAAAGUCGAUGUUUUAGAUUUGUGAGCAGUGAGGUAAUGAAAACCCACUGCAGGAAUGUCGAAGGCCUCAGUCGUUACUGAUCAUUUUUCCUGACCUGGUUUGAAUUUGUUUCAUGUCGAAACAGAAGAUUUUUAUUAUUUUUUUUCGUCCCUUCUUUUGAAAUAGGUCUACCUAUAUAGGCUGGGAGUUUUCACUUUAAGUGAAGACUUGGACAGGAUUCCAGAAGUUUCAGGAAUUUGGAUCGCUGCUCUAUUUAGCAAGCUUUAUUUGGAAAGCAAUGAAACUUCCUGGGCCUGGAACCCACUUCCACCAUAAUGAGUCCAACUUAAACCGGUACUGGAUGUUAUUUUCCCCUGAAAUAGAAGGUGGUCUGUGUGCCAUGCUUGCAUGACGAGAUUUUUAGUCUCAUUUUAUACAGUACGCUUGUCUGCGAGUAGAUAAUGAGAACGGCCUGUCCUCGGACCUCUGGAGCCUGACAAAUAUCUCUGUGCAGAAGAGGCGGCUUUGGAAUGGAACAAACAAAGAACUACAUAUGAACCAACAUGUAAAUAUAUAAUAAUGUUUUUUUUUUGUUUUAAAAAAAAUAAAAAAAUAUGGGAAUCUGUCUGACUUCUCAAGAUGCAAACACAUUGUUCUCUA